AUGGACACCACUUCAUUGAAAAUAACUCAUACAAUUCCUUCUGAAGAAGCAAAACAAACUAUGAUUGAUAUUGAAUCUUUAGCAAAAAAAGUUUAUCAAUCAUCCAUUGUUCUUUCUUCUAAUUUACUUUAUCGAUGGUAUCAACUGAAUUCUUCUAUGUGGUGGGUAGCUAGAGACAAUCAUCGUCUUGUUGGUUAUAUUUCUGUAAUUCCACUUAAACAUAAAGCUUUUCUAAAAAGUCUUCAGCCUGAAUUUAAUGAAUAUACGGAUAUUAUUGAUGAUGAUAUCAGAAUUUGGAAUGAUGGAUUUGACAAGAAUUAUUCGUUAUAUAUUUGUUCAAUGGUCGUUGAUCCCGAGUAUCAAAAACGCACGGAUUUACCAAUAUAUCGUUUAUUAGUUAAAUCUUUUUUUGAAAGUAUUUUAUUUUAUGGGAAAAAUGGAUCAAUUGUUACAGAAUGGUCUGGAGUUGCCGUGAGUCAAGCUGGAUGUCAUAUUUUACAAAACUAUUUUGACCUUACAUGUCUAAAUAGCGAUAAUUAUUAUCAUAAGAUAUACUAUGGGAAAACGAAUAAUGAACAUCAACAACAACAACUUCAAAGACUUUUACCAAAAUUACAAUUAUUACAUUGUGAAAAACAGUGUGUUAGCUAUACACGGAAAUCUGUGAAUUAG